AUGGGCAACUGUGUUUCCUCUCAGGAUCGAGUGGAGAAAGCCCGCUCAGAUGCAAUAGACAAACAGAUUGAUGAGGAUUCGAAACGGUUCAGGAAAGAGUGUAAAAUAUUGCUACUUGGCUCAGGCGAGUCUGGGAAAUCAACCAUCGUAAAGCAGAUGAAGAUCAUCCACCAAAGUGGUUUUUCAAAAGAGGAGCUACUUACUUACAAACCUAUCAUCUAUCGCAAUCUUCUCGACAGUGCUCAAGCAAUCAUCUUUGCUAUGAGCAAAUUCACACUCGACUGUGUCAUCCCUACAAAUCGACCAAACGCUGAUCGUAUACUCGACUAUCGGGUCGAGUCGUCGCCUUCCUUUAUAUUCUCAGAAGAAAUCGCUAAAGCCAUACAUGAACUAUGGCAGGAUCCUGUUAUACCGAAGGUCAUGGACCGCUGUAGUGAAUUCUAUCUCAUGGACAGUGCUAGCUACUUCUUUACGGAGGUUAUACGGAUAGGCUCAUAUGAUUACACACCUACCGAGACUGACGUUCUGCGUGCGAGAGCAAAGACAACCGGUAUCACCGAAACUCGAUUCAAUAUGGGCACGCUUUCAAUACACAUGUUUGACGUAGGUGGUCAACGUUCAGAACGGAAAAAGUGGAUACAUUGUUUUGAAAGUGUAACGAGCAUCAUAUUCUGCACUGCGUUGAGCGAGUAUGACCAGGUACUUCUCGAAGAGAAAAAUCAGAACCGAAUGGCCGAAUCGCUAGUCCUCUUCGAAUCUGUAAUCAACUCACGCUGGUUCCUGCGAACGUCAAUAAUCUUGUUUCUUAACAAGAUCGAUGUGUUUAAAAACAAGUUACCAAAGGUUCCUCUAGAGCGAUAUUUCCCAGAGUAUACAGGAGGCUCAGACAUCAAUAAAGCGGCGAAAUAUAUCCUGUGGAGAUUUAUGCAAGCCAACCGGGCACGACUAAGUGUAUAUCCUCAUUUGACGCAGGCAACAGAUACGACAAAUGUUCGUCUAGUAUUUGCAGCAGUCAAGGAGACUAUAUUACAAAAUGCUCUAAAGGACUCGGGCAUCUUGUGA